AUGGCGAGCAGACAGUUAACACCCGCUCUCAUGGCCGGUAGUUUCCUCUUGGGACUAUCAUUUGCUCUUGCUCAUCAUUUCUACUAUCUUCACCUUGAUGAGAUAAUCGUCGAAAGUCAGAGCCAGCAACAGUGGCAUUUACGUGCAGGCACUGGUUUGGCCUUUCUAGUGAGGGCCUUCUUAUCAGCAGCUGUCGGCAUCGCAUAUACGCAAAUAUUAUGGCGAACCCUAAGUUCAAAGUCCAUCACUAUCGGAGGAGUGAACUCACUUUUUGGCGUCAUGAAUAAUCCAUGGGCUUUUAUUGGUUGGGAACUUUGGACUGCUGCGCCUCUACUCGCAGUGGUAGCCAUUAUUGCGUGGGCUCUUCCGCUUGUCGCAAUUAUUACUCCAGCCACCUUGACUGUCACAGUCUCGUCCCAGCCAAACAUCACAUCCCUUCACGCCCCAAUUUCAACCCCUGAUUAUUCCAAUGUAGACACAUUUGGCAGCUGGACAGGGAGAUUACUAGUCCACUCAACCUACGUCUCAAGACUACUAUUAUCAGUGGCAUCUCUGGGUUCAAUCCUCACUAUACCACCGCCCUUUCCCAACUCUUCGUAUGCCCUGGAUUUUCACGGCCCAACACUAUCAUGCCACAACACAAAGAACCAGGCAUUUUCAAGGCAAGUACGCGAAAUCCUUGAAAAUAGCAAAAACCAGGAUGCAGAUACAACAAUAGUAUUUGUCGGGUUUGUACCGAACCAUGGACGUGGCAAUGGUUCCAGUUCUGGUGUCAACGAAUAUGCAUUGACGGGGUUAAAAUACGCAUUAAACGAGUCAGUCGCAACAACAUUCCGUCUUGACUACACGGAAACGGGCCCCGCAAAGUUCUAUGUGGCAUUACGAGAUGAAACGAACUCUAACCCGAAUGUUUACGAGACGAUGAAGACAAUUGAGUGUGAGCUCUAUAACUCGUCCUUUGCAACUAAUUUCUCGUUCGACAAUGGCCAGCAGAAUAUCAGUUACACAUCCAAGAAGUUAAACCCGGUAGCUUUCCCCAGCGACUUUCGCUCUAUUGCUAUGUUUGGCAGUGACCACUGGACUACCAAAGGCGCCUAUCUCUCACUUAUGAAUGCCAUGGGCCAGCUUGUGCUUGGUACCGUAAUCAAUUUUGGCAGCAGUAAUACUACAAAUGCCAUUCAGACGUUGAUAAGAAGUUCGAGUCUUAUGGAUACAAAGGAGAUGUAUGGUUUCAAAAAAGGCAGGCCAGAAUCUAUGAAUGGGAAUAUCUCCAUGUCUGAUGCCCUGGAAGAUCUCUUUACAAAUCUUACAAUCAGUCUUUUCAGUCAUCCCAGGUUCCUACAAAACAGUAGUGCUGCCUCACGCGUCCCGGUAACCUAUUCAUCUGCACAAAACGAAUUUUCGUACGAACCUCGAAACCUGUUGGUCGCAUAUGGAGUAGGACUAUUCCUUGCUUGGGCUAUUGUGAUCAUCGGGUUAUUGUGCAUCAAGUCUGCCUCGGCAUCAUAUGGAAGUAGUUUUUCAACUAUUCUUCGAACGACGAGAAACCCCGAAAUAGACAAGAUUAUUCCGGUAGCAGAGACUACAGGGGCAGAGCCUUUGUCGAAGAAUCUCAAUAAUGUUCGUCUGGUACUGAGGCGACAAGAAGGCGGACCGGAGAGUGGCGAUGAUGAAAAGGCGACAUUCUUCACCGUGGACUCCAGUUCACAAGAAAUGGAGAGGGACCAGACCAAUGAUCCAGCUGAAUCAUUGCUACAACAGGACAAACCGAUGAUAAAUACGAGCGCGAGUGUUGAGAGCUCGAUUGUGUAUGACGAACCGCUCAGGGAAAGGGACGGAGAUCUGAGUCUUGGAAUAUUCAACUACAGACAGGAUAGAAGGGGAGAUUAA